AUGUCUCGUGUCAAGCUCCCUACUGUCAUCGAUGAUAUCGAUGUCGAGAAUGCGGACGUCGUCGUGACCGUGAACCCAUACGAGAAACGACUGGACAGCCUUCGCGGAUCGGGCUUACCCACGGCUUACGGCUACCGUCUGAAGCUCCUCCGGCCAGCACAUGUGACAACUCAGUGGUCACCUCAGUGCAAGGCUGACAUCGAAUCUACCAUUGUCCAAAACAUGCUUUUGGACCCGGCGACUAUGUUGCCUUUGGCACCGGAUAGAAGACUGCAGCCGGAAGAGACUUACUACUUGGCUGCCGGCUUCAAACUCAAGCUGAAGUCUUACGACAAGGCCCGGAACACGUAUAUCCUUCUGCCUGUAGUCGGACCACCAGGACGAAAUGCGCUGAUCCAGAUCAUGGGGGCAUUGAGCACGUCCAAUCGACAGCUGUUGCCCGAUCUCCAUCGAUAUGUAUAUCGCUUCCAGCAGCACGUCCAGGUGCCUGCCCGCCAGGAGGUCAGUGCUUCCUUUAUUCCGAGGGCGCACCUGGACAUUAUACCGCGAUCAUCCUAA